ACUCGAGAAAGAAGAUGGCUGCGCAAGGAGAGAGGUAAUGAGCUGGGAGAGAGAGAGAGAGAUUUGAUGGUGGAGGACAGGCCCGCUGCAGCGCGAGACGCAGACAGAAAACGAGUCGUGCACGAGCCGAACCGGUGGCGUUUCUGAUACUGUCUUCCUCUUCCGUUAGACGUUAUUCGGUCGAGAGUGAAGAGCUGAGCCGCUUGCCUUUGGCUAACUGCAGAGUCAGGACUAGCUAGCAGUUAUUCCGUCAAUAUUAGUGGCAUCUCCUCCUCUGGUGAUCCUGUGUGGAAGGAAACCGGCUUUAAUCAGUAAGACAGACUGUGUUGAGGAUCUACAGAAGGUGGGAAGAGUGUGCUUUGUGAAGCUCUGUUCCAGAAGCGUCAGGAGGAAUUUCUACCACAGAUCUCCCUUUCUAUCACAGGAAAUAUGAGGCAUUAGCUUUUUAGGCUACACUGUGCUACAGGUAUGGAGUGGUGUCGGCUACAGACUGGAUGACAUUGCUGACCUGUUUCAGUCCCACAUUCUGACUGCCCUGCUAUUCUGACAUUUCUUGCUGAGGACACCAGCGGGACUCUGCCCUUUUUAUGCUCUCACCUCCCAUUCUCUCUUGUGCACCUGUACACACUCCGUCUUUGGCUGUUUUUGUAUUUUAUGCUCCCUUCCUUCCCCUCUUCCCCUUUCUUCUCCUCUCCUCUCUUCUUUUCCCUUCCUCCUCCUCCUCCUUUUCUUUCUUCCCUCCCUUUCUCUCCUCUGGUCUUUCCCUUUGUUCUGGAAGAGCCCCACCUCAAGAAUUUUGACCUUAGGCCAAGAAGCUAAGAUGAGCUGGCUGAGUCGUAUAACUCCCAGGGGUCCAGAUGGGCGGAGCAGUCGGAAUGUUGCCCCAUCUAGCCCAUGCACUGCCGACCCCGAGACAUGCUUGAUAGUGUUUGAGAACCAUUGGAGACAGGUGUCGUGGGUAUUGGAUCAGAGGGACCCUGUGGCAGGGGGAGCUGAUGAUUUGACAGCUGUGAGGAAUCACACUGAUCAAAUGCUAUGUUUGCUGGCAGAGGAAAGACCAGCAGGGGGCGACAGUGAUCCACCAGCUUUAGGUCCUAUUUUGGAGCUGGUAGUGUCUGAGAACAUCCUGGAACGCCUGGUACAGUGGCAUGUUCGCCGUGGUCUAGACCCUGACAGCCAAACGGCUCUGCUGAAGCUUUUUGAAAUGCUGAUUGGCCAAUCCCAUCAGCCCUUGCUCCAGAUCAGUGCCGUGCUCCAGCCACUGCUCAUCCUGCUGGGAGCCUGUGUAGACCCACAGUUCGGCUGUCCCGCUAACCUGGAGGCCAGCCUCGUGUUGCUGCUCAACCAGGUUUGUGUGUCCAUGGCGAGGCAGCCUGCUGUGUUGGAGCUAUUGUUUAGGUGUGGUACAAUCCAGCAGGGUCCCACAAACCUGUUGAUUUUCUCACUGCUGGUACCGUUUAUCCAUCGAGAUGGAGCUCUGGGACAACAAGCUCGCGAUGCCUUGCUUUUGGUCAUGGCUACCUCGGCCAGCAGCCAUGCUGUGGCCCGCUACAUCACUGAGAACUCCUACUUCUGUCCGGUACUAGCGACAGGCCUGAGUGCACUGUAUUCCUCACUGCCACGGAAGAUUGAGGUGCGUGGUGAUGAUUGGCAUGCCCUGCGGCGGGAGGACUGGAUGGGCGUGUCCUCUCUGGUCCUUUUCAUGAACAGUCUAGAGUUCUGUAACGCUGUGGUACAGGUGGCACACCCACUUGUCCGCUGCCAGCUAACUGAUUACCUCCACAAUGGCUUCCUGGUACCAGUCAUAGGUCCUGCCCUGCACAAGUCAUCUGUGGAUGAAAUGAUAGCAAGUACAGCAUAUCUGGACUUAUUUUUACGUAGUGUCGCAGAGAAAGCUCUUCUCAAGACUUUUCUUCGCUUCAUACUGCUGCAUCGUCAUGACAACGACACAAUCCUCGAUACACUGCUCACACGCAUCAGCAGCAACUCACGGCUGUGCAUGGUCUCUCUCAGUCUCUUCAAGACUUUGCUCUCCCUCAACUGUGAAGACCUUAUGCUCCAGCUCGUUCUCAGGUAUUUGCUGCCUUGCACACAUGUGAUGCUGAGUCAGCGGCGUGCAGUCAGAGAGACCGACCUCUAUGGCAAAUCAGCCGAUAAGUUUCUGUCUCUCAUCCCAGAAUGCUGCCGAAUCACCACAGCAGCCUGUAAUGAAAAGGAGGAGGAACCUGCCUUUUGGGGUAAAGUGAUGGGUAGCCCCAGUUCAGAGUCUCCCAUUCACACCAAGCCCAGCACUCCAUCUCGUUUGGCACUCUUUAUGCGCCAGCAAAACACAAGCAACCCAUCCUCCACUGCUGCUUCUGACAACACUCCCUCCUCUCCUCGGGGCAGCUUUUCCACUGCUUCUCCCAACAGCCCCAUGCAUCAGCCUCCUGAUGCUUCAGAAGUGGAAUCCGGUUACAUAGAGUACCUAAGAGAUGCACGGCGGGGCAUUGAGCUCUGCUCAUGGGCCUGUCGGAACUGGUCAGCCCCUUACGAUGGAGAAAACCCUUCCCCCAACUCUGCACCACCUCCACCACUACCACCCACAUCCAACCCAUCUCUCAAUAUGGUGCCUGAGCACUUCUCCAUGCAGCAAAGUGGACUUAAAGACAUCCAGCAAAGGGCAGCCGUAGUGGCAGCAGCGCGUACAGAAUGGAGCAGCUCAGAUCGGAACAGUGGAGAGUGGGAUGUAACAAUCAGUAAGAACUGCAUUAGCCUCACACCUCGCAGCAAAAAACGCAGCCUGUUGCCCAAUUCUGUUUCUCUGCAACCAUCAUCAUCAUCGCCCUCGUCAGCAGUUCCCACAUUAGGGCCAGGAGAGCCUGCAGCUCGCCAACCUCACGCACUUCCACGUCGAGCGCUCUUUAAUGGCACUGGACAAGCAGAUGAGUGUGUGGAUAUGUCUGAUAGAGGGAUGGAGGUAAAGAAGGUGAAGAGAGAUGCAGAUGCUAGUGGAGGAGUGGAAGAAUUAGGCAUGAAUGGAAGAGCGAUUAUUGUGGCUACAGAAUCUAGUCUUCCAUUGCAAGGAGAGUGUAUGAAACCAUCUCAGGUGCAAUCUACUUCGCUUCCACAACCGCAGUCAAGCCCGGCGAACUUGGAGCGGCGAACCCAGGAAUGUAACUCCAGUGAGGGACAAGGAACUACUCCAGCCACAAACUCAACUGAAACUUCAAUUCCCACAAGCUGCAGCAGCCCAGGGUUAGAGUCGGUCGAGAGCCUGCUCGAUGAGCUGCUAGAACAAGCACCAUCAGAACCACUUGCUGAAGAAUCCAAUGGCCAGGGCAUCAGUAUUGAAGCAUUUCACCAAGAGCUAAGAGAACUUGAAGAGCGAGUAAAGGGAAGGAGGGUUCAUAAACGAAGUACUGAUGAAUUUAUACAAGAUCCUUUAUCUAAUCUUCCUGAUCCAAACCAGACUGAUGAGGAGUGCCCUUCUUUGGUGACUGAGCACGCAGCUGAAGAAUCAAAGCCUGAAAGCUCCACUCCAACCGUGUUCAGCCCAGCACGACCACUUGGACAGCCUCAAGCACAACCAUACAUAGGGCCCUUUUUGACGGUGCUGUUUUCAAAGCUGGAGAACAUGAUGCAAAAUUCUUUGUAUGUAAACAUUCUGCUGACGGGCAUCAUGUUUCAGCUUGCCUGUUACCCUCAGCCUCUGCUCCGCUCCUUUCUCCUUAACACAAAUAUGGUGUUCCAGCCUAGUGUCAAGUCUCUCAUACAGGUGCUUGGAUCUGUAAAGAAUCGUAUUGAAGGAUUUGCUGCAGUGCAUGAGGAAUUUCCAGCUAUGCUAAGGAAGGCUCGACGCUUCCUUGUCACACGAGGCAAAAUAGACUGGACAGAUUCUCCCACGGGGGUACCCCCUCUCCGCCGAUCAGAUUCAAUGGUGAAGAGUCGAAAGCCAUCACUGGGUGAGCUGAUCCUAAGGCAUACCAACAGUCCAACACGAGCACGCCACGCAGCUCAGGCAGCUCUGGCACAUGUGAGGGACGGUGGGCAUUCUCUGCACAGUGCUUUAUUCCGUGGUGUGGUUGCCGGAACUGGGACUUCCAGUCUGGAGAAACAGGCAGAGGCACUGCGGGUAAAGAACACAGUUUACUGUGCUGUCAUCUUCUCUGAGUUUCUCAAGGAGUUGGCAGCUUUGGCACAGGAGCAUGCAGUGGCCAUGCCCUUCCCACCUAGCCAGGGCACUGAGGAGUAACAGACACUGUGCCUAAUCUUUCCGUGGUUUUUAAUAGGAAUAAGAAACCAAGCGUGUGAGGAUAGGUGUAAAAUAUCAUGUUUAUAAUAUUUUUUUUAAUUGUACAGGAUAUGUAAAAGCUUCAUUGUUAAAGCUUUAGAAAGUUGUCCAUAUGAAUCUUGUAUAAAUUCUAUAUAAAAUAUGUGUAUAAUGUUUUUACUCCGUAUGCUCAAAGCAACUCGUAUGCUUUAACAUGGCUGUACACAGGCACUCCUUGAAAGCAUUUAGGUGUUAUUUCGCAACAUAUCCUUUUUUUUUUUUUUGUAAGAGGCAUGCUGCUGUGAUCUUUUUAUAUUAGUAGGUCUGUACUGAGUAAAUCUAAUCAAGGAAUCUACUUUAAAAAAUGUAAACAAAGCCCCAUUAAACCCCCAUAUUUCUACUUGUGUAGGUUUAUAUAGGAAAAUGAUUCUUAAUAUGGCUUGAUUGUCAAUAACCAUAUUAAGUGUCUUGAUAGGCUGACUAAACAAUAACUAUGUACAACCCCUUUUAGCCAAACAAAGUAAAGAAAAUGACAAACUGCCGGUGAGCUCAUGCAGCACCUACACAUUAAGCAGAAAUAUUUUCUUGUCCAAGUAAAAAUACAUUUUUAAAAACAGGAUUAUUGUGAUUAAGUUACAAUAUGCAUCUAUAAAAGUCUUACUUCUCUUUUUUUUUUUUUGCCCUGAAAGGCCCAUUUGCAGAAUUAAUAAGGAGCACAGAACAGUUAGCUUACAUGAAUUAUAAAACAUUUUACUCACUGAAAUAUUGGGUGCAUUUGUUGUGUAUUAAAAUGGGGAAUUUAAACCUUAGCACAUGAGUACCCUGAUAAAACUUAGUUUGAUCAUUCGUAGUAUAAGAUGGUCAAAUGUGUGCUGCAACCUGUUUUUGAAGAGAUACUGCAGGCAACUUUUAUUAUUUUAUAAACAUUUAUUUCCAUCCUCUUACCCCACAAUCUAAGUCACAAAUUAAUGCAAAGGGACUCAUUGCCUAACUAAAGCACACUACUCUUUUGUCUGAGGGGCGUUCAAGAGAAACCUGAAAAAAUUUCUUGUAAAUGAAGGUGUAAAACCGAUUAAUAUUUACAGGAGACUUUAAGCACAGUAUAGUAAUGAGACUAUUAACCACGGUAAAACAUUUAAAAAUAUUAAAAUAUAAAAUGUUAAAAUAUUUUAAAGAAAACCAUGCUUCCUUGGGUGGGUCGGAUACCACUGUAGUUGUUCCCAUAAACAUUCAGCAAGUGCACUGCCUGAUCCUUAAAAAGCCAGAGAAAACUUGUCACCAGCUUGCGGAAAAGAUGCAUCUGUCUGUGGAAACUGUACACACAAUCAUUCACGAACAACUUUUGCAACUUUUUAAUAGGAUCUCGUCUGUACAGUUUCCAUACAGUCCUUACCUUGCUCCAAUCCGUUUCUACAUGCUUACGCCAUUAAAGGAGUUCCAGGGAGGCCAGUGUUUCAGACGUGAUGCAGGCAGUCCAAUUAUGGCUCUGGCAUACUGAGAAAAUUGUCUAUUUUCUUGGUAUCCAGGCACUAGUGAGGGGAUUGUAUAGAGAAAUAAAGAGAGUUUUUACUCUCAUAACUGUGUUCUUUUAUUGUGCACAGUCAGGUGUUUGGUUUACCUUGAACGCCCCUUGUUUCUAGGUAUAUUUAAAUAUAACAGCAUUCUCAAAAACAUAUAAUUUUCUUUAAUAGUAAUAUGUUGUUGUUGUUGUUUUAAACACAACAAUAGAUGUGUACAUCCUGGUACACCACAGUUGUCUAAAUAAAUUGCCAUUUCUCAUAUGUGUUUGCUGUAGGGUUUCCUAAAGAUUGUCUACAGAGUAUGAGCUAAUUUAUUUAUUUUUUUCCUCCUCCCUUGAGGGACAUUAAACAGACAUAAGAGACAUAGCAUACAACAGUUGUUGGGAUUUGGUGACUUGAAGAUCUAAUACUAAGCUACAGAAUACUUAGCAACAAAAAUAUCAUUCAAACCCUGAUUGUAAACCCCAAGUGCAAUGCCCCUAUUAUAUGCCACAGAUAUACCCACCGUUUCAGUGAGUAUUUAGGAAGAAACUUCGGGAGUUGACCAGUCAGGCAUGAUCAUCUCAGAGUGUCUGUUCUUAGACACAUCAUCUCAAAGGGUUAAAAAGGGAUCACAGGAAGAACAUACAUACUCCAGUAGAGUACUGCAUGCGCCACUUUUUAUGUUCUUAUUGUCAAAUUAUAUUCGAUUGCACAUACUGCAGAUUGUAUAUCCUCUCUGACUGGAGGUGGUCCUGAGAGACUGAAAUGGCACAGGAAAUUGACUGGAAGGAGAAUAACAACAACAGGAGGAGGAGGAUAAUCAUUGCAACAGGAGAAUUAGAUUUUCGAAAAGGCACUGAUCCUUUACUGGCUCUUUAUGGUGAUCUAUUUAGUUUCUGAAUAAGUGGGCUAUUUAGUUUCCCUGGUGGCCGUUUUCAUAGAUGACGAGACUGUCAGUUUUUAGGCAAGUUCCUGCACAGGGAAUGUGCCAAGUUCAGAGAAGCAGAAGCAAUCUCAGUGUUGCAGCAGGCACUAAGUUCGUUGUACGUUUUAGUUUCUUUUGGAAUAAGUUUUCCCCAGGGGACUUUAGUAUUCAUUGUGAAAAAACCACAUGGGCUGGUGUAUGUGUGGGCGUUCUGUUCUCCUCUUUUUUUUUCUUCUUUUUUUUUAUAUGUACUGAUUCUUUGUUUUCGUGCAUUAAAUUUUGCUUAAUUCUUCCUUGAUUUUUUUUCUAAUUAUUCACAGCCAUUGAGACAUUAUGUCACACUUUCUUAUACUUUCUCUACACUUGUCUUUUAAUGUACCAUAAAAUGUUCUAAUACUGUUUGGUUUAGUGGGAAAACGUAACAAUUUUGUUUUAGACCUGUAAAUUUAAUUGCACUUAAUUUUGAGUUGUAUGUGUAUAUAAAAAUGCAGAAAAUACUGGUUAAAUUAACAGGAUGUAAAUGUUGCAGCUUGGACUCAGUGACACUUAUCAAUCCAUCCAUCCCUUUGUCCCCCAUCUGCUCUACUGCUAUCCAUUACCAGCAAGCUUUUCUUUUCUUAGACUUUCCUUGGAGUGUUUGCUCCCCAAAGAUGCAUAGGAUAUUGAAAUUUCAAUCUGGAGAUUUAUUCAUGCUUGUUUUUUGACAUUCAGUAACAGAACCAUUACAUAUGUUUACUUAAGGAACAAAUGUCAUAUUUUUUAUUUUUUUUUUUCUGUUCUCAAUGGUGGAAAUAUGGCCUAUGUUGCAAUAUUCAUCUAAAAUCUUAACUGCCCUUAAGCUUUUGUUCAGGGUUUAUGAAGUGUUUGUAUGUGCCAGGCGCUUACUGAAUAGUCACUUUAAAGAUGCUCCAAGUUGUUGACAGGAGCUAUCUACAAGUGAUGUUAUGCUAUUGGCUGUUGUGUCUCUAGGCAUGUAAGGAAGAGUUGAAAAGGGAAUAUUUAUGACCUGUUUUAGCAACAUCAGAAGAAGCAAUAGUGCCAAGUAUUACUCAGUAAUCAGAUUACUGGCCCCCUGUAAUGUAUUUACUGCUCGAUAGAUCUUAAAUGGGCACCAUUGUGCACAUAUGUUGACAAAGUAUGUUGGAUCACCUAUGCCACAGAGGCUGCUCCAGCACACAUUGUACCUUGAGGUUAUACCUCUAGAAUAUAUUCAGGAUUGUAAAAUGAAAAAAAAAGAGAAGAAGAAAAAAAAGUAAUGAAGCUUUUGACAACGUAAUUGCUUGUUCUCAGGUGCUGGCUGUAUGAAAUUUGGAAAGCUGUGGUUAUAAAUUCAGUGGAACCUGUAAAGGAUUUUGUAGAUGAUUUUAUUCAUUACUUAUUGCUGUUCAUUUCAUUUCUUUAUUUUUCUUAUCUUGGCUGUUUUUCCUUUGAACGGUGAAGUGCUGAUGUGUUCGCGGCUUGUUAUCUAUGCAAACCAGCUCCUGUUGCUCUUAAUCUGAAACGGUUCAGCUUUUGUGUACACACAGUAAUGCGUAAACUUGGGGAAAUUUACCAAGCUUGUCUUUUUCCCUUAAAAAUUUACAUAACUGUAUGGAAACAAAUGCAAAAUGAUGAAUGUUGCCAGAAAUAUUUUUCUAUAUAUAAAUCCUGAUGAGUACAGCUGAUUUCAGUAGGCCAAAUCAAUGGUUACACUUUAAAAUCUGUAAAACACUAAAAGGGAUUUGUUUUUAAAAAAUUAAUUUAUAAAUGUUUUACUUGGCAAUA